ACAUCCGCUCCCAACAGACACACUCCAUACCCUUCUGGGCUUGCAAAGUAACCAGAAGCUACUUGCAGCAAGAAAUCACCAUGUCCAUCUUCUGGAGCUUGGUAAAUGUUUCCAAGGGACAGCGGUUCACCUUGAUGUUGUGCGUCCUGGGUUUGAUUGUCCAAUGGAGCUGCCACUGUUCUGAGGAAACCACGGAAGCCAGUAAGAUUACAUACAUUCCAGGUGUGAAUUCAACGACUGACAACUCAACACAAGAAAUCAAUGCCACCACAAUCAUUGGGACAAGUUCUGACAAGACCAUCUCCAGUGGGAGUGUCCCUGACCCCAUAGAUGUUACUAUGGGACACCAGACAGAGAGUUACGCAGAUGAUUUACCCAGACAAGAUGGAGAAAAAGACAAAAUGCAGGGAUCAGAGCCCAAGACCAAACCUCCUACGGUGCUCAUCUCUUUACUUGCCUUGGGGCUGGUGUGUGCUGGAGGGUUGCUGGGCGCCACCUACCAUUCGUACAAGAAGAGCAGGACUCCCCCGUGCAGGAGACUGAACGAGGAAGCUGAUGCACGGGAUCAUGACAGCGUGCGUUUCUCUGCUGCUUCGGAAGGCCAAGCUGACAAGCCUAAGCAGAACGGAGAAGCCCAGGAGAAGGAGAAGACAAGCAAGGAUGCAGCAAGUGCAGAGGCAGGGGAGAGGCCGGCAAAGAAAGGCAAAGAGGAGGGGGACACAGAGCUCUAGAGCAAGGGGGCAGAUCUCACAGAAGGUACCAUACGUCUGGCUAAAGGAACUCGGCAUAAAGCAUUGGAUUUGAAAACGACAUUAAAACAUGAGCUCACAAAGGGUUAGGGUAAGGAUGGUCCAGUUUGAGAUCUAGUGGAAGAUGCCUUCACUUAGAGAGCUGGUGAAGGUACUCAUUCCACUCCCUCUGAACAGAAAAUAUCCCACCUGGUGAUUGCGUGGAAGGGGGUCCCUCUGAUCGGUGGGGUAGGAGACGUGGUGAAAUCUCUUGCCCAUCACUCCCAGACCUCAGUACUAUAGGCUCAUUUACAGAACAGACCAUUCAGCUCAUUGUCCUGGACACACAACAACACUGGAAGACAAACCAGCCUCUGAGCUUGUUAUGUGUCUGAUCCACGUGGUGGAGGGGUAGUCACAGGCUGAAUCAGCCUGGUUCCCUUUCCACUCCUGCAGGACCUGACGCGGGAGAGCUCCGCGGUUCCGAAACCACAAGGUCACUCUGCCUAGGAGAUUCAUGGACACGGGGUGGGGGGGUGGUAUUUCCUUCUCACUGGUUAAUACACUGGUCCUUCAGGGUCUGGCUGCCACCCCUGGUGACUAACGGGAGAUUGUUACUGCAGUAGGGUAUGACCUGCUUCUGCCAGGCGGUGCCACCUUCUCCCUCCAGCUCCAGGCCGACACAUAUGGUUAGAUUCUCAGUUGCGAAGCAGGGACAAAGUUGGGAAGUGUCCAAAGUGGAUUGGUCAGCGAAAACUGACACGAUGAGGAUCAUGUUAACACAUUGACCAAGAGCCGAUCUCUCCCAGAGGCACAAGGCUGGAACUGCCCCCUUCACCAUCCGCCCCUGGAGCGUACGGUCCGUGUGCACAGUGACAGGAGGCACCCUGUACCACCCUGUUCACUGACUGUACGGUCACUCAGGUAUCACUGGGAACAAUGUAUCCUCUGUCACUCUCUUCCCCGAGUCCCUCAUCACUCACUCUCCUCCUCCAUCGCGUUUCUCGGGGGGAUUUGCGCACUUCCUGAGGAACCUGAGCUGUGUCCGUUGGGUGACCGUGGCGCAGGCUCCAGAGAGUCCCAAACCUGGGGCCAAGGUCUUCCCUUUCAGGCAAACUGCCCGACAGAUAGCUGGUCUUGUUCUGAUAACGGACCUAUAGUACUCGAUCUCUGUGAACGGCAGCUUGAUCUACAAAGCUAGAACAGACUGAAAAUCAGAGGUUGCCAGCCCGGGAGCCACAGACCCCUCCGUUAAUGGUAGUGGUCCAUGGCAUAAUAAAGGUCGGGAACCCCUGCUGUAAAUGAUUAAUUUCAGAUCAUCAAGUUAGAAUGUUGUAGACGUAGAUACUGUCUAAUUUAAUGAUCACAGUAUAUUCCCCACUUUUCUGCUAAUUCUGCGCCAGGUGACCACAGGACCACAAAUCCAGCAGCUCACAGGAUGGGUGGGAGACGUGGGCUGAUUCCUCUGUCAGUGGCAUGUGUUUAAACUAAAGUAAAACUCGCAUUCUAACAUUUCAAACUUUCCUGCAAAGGUUAUCUAUCUCCUGAGGUCCUGCCCGAUUAUUGAACUGUGUAAAUGACUGAAACGUGUAAUAACACACCACUAAACUCUGAUCUUCUAGCCACAGUAUCAGCUGGUAAAAUAUGACAUGCAGUGUUGCAUUUUAUUCAGUCUGUGAGUGCUUUGAAAUACGUUAAGUGCUUGUUUUUGAUUAAAAAAUGACAAAACAAUAUUUGGAGAAAACACCUUGUGUGUAAGCACAAGGUAACCAUAUUGUCUCAUUUUAUAGUUUCUCUGGGUGUUAAAUGCCCCUGGGGAAGGUACCCAGAACAUUCUAAUGUUGUCUUAUAAAUGUGAAUUGUACUUUAAACAGAAAUAAAGGUCUCUGAAAUAAUGUA